AUGCCAAAGCAACAACGAAACAACAGCGUCAGGAGCACUAGCAGCAAUGAUGGCCUCCCGUCAUCGUCUUGUUCGCCAUUCAGGCUACCAAGUCGGCCCCGUCCUCUCCUCUCCCCCCAUCACCGCCAUUUGGAAACCACAAAACUGAAUUUGGCCUUAGCGUUGCAGGUUGGCCGAGGGGAAGAAAUGGAAGGGCUUCAAAAUGCAUGGAUGAGAGUUCAGCUGGCAGGGGCUGCAUUUGAAGUAUUUUUGGUAUCCGGGCUGGCCGGCACUGGAAAGACACUGUUCUGUCGUCAGUCGAAAAGGGACAUGGAACCAGAGAAAACCACAGACGAGACACAACGACGCGGCUUCUUUGUCCUACAGGACAAGGACCUAGAAUUUCGAGAAAGUAUCAUGAAGGAUAUUCAUGAAUCAUCGGGGUCCAGAACCGAUAUGAGACUGGCUGUGAAGCUGAUGCCAGCCUUGGCAGAAUGUUUAGAUGACAGUGCAGUGCUGGUUGAUGAUGGUGCAGGGAUUUGGAAUGCUACAAGAGAAACAGGUCUUCCAGAAGAACGGUCAGAAUCCAGUGGAGGACAUGACGACACUCUGGCUCGUCAUCAGCCCUUGUCUGCUAGCCACACGAUGAUCUUGUUUGGAUCACUGCUGAAAGGAUUUGUCUUGUCAUCAUGCUACAUUGUACUAUUUCUUGAUGGCAUUCAGUGGUCAGACAUGGCUAGCAGAGAACUCGUCCGACGCAUUCUCACCGAUUCAAGAGUUCAGAAUGUACCGUUAGUGGCAGCCUGCAGAGACAAUGAGCUCACACAACAGAGCCCAGCCAAUUCCUUUCUACCUAACAUGAUCCCGGAGAACAAGAAGGAAGCGACAAGGAUAUCAUUGCAAAAUUUGAACGAGGCUCAACUUACCUCACUACUGGUGAAUCUAUUUGCCUACAGCCCCUCGCAGGAUGGCAAUGAGAGGGUACAUGCUCUCUCCAAAGUCAUUCUGAAGAAGACUGGUGGCGAUAUCUUCUACAUAGUGCAGAUACUUGAGCUUUUGCAGAAGCAGCACUUGCUCUUCUAUGAUACUUUGGACAAUGAGUGGACGUGGGAUCUUGCUGCCAUUACUUUGAAAGCCAAUGCCAGUGAGAAUGUUGUCCAGUUUCUCACCCAAGUCAUUGAGAAUGAUCUGCCUGGAGAGGUCAGGGCUGCAUUGGCAAUGCCAUCUUGUCUGGGGUUUGUAUUUCACACAAAGGUUCUUAUGUUGGCACUGCAAAUGAGUGAAAAUGGUUCCUCCUUCUUCCGCGAAAACGCAACAACAUCUGACAGUCUUACUGAUAGGGCUAUGUUCUGUCAACGAUUGCAGGAUAGUUUAAGGUAUGCCUUGGAGGAAGGGCUUAUUGAGUCAAUCUCCAAAGACAACACUGUCUUCAAGUGGUCCCACGACAUGCUUCUGGAGUGCUGCUACAGUAUCAUGAUGGAGAUUCAAGAUGUUGAACUAUUGCACCUUCAGAUUGGCAGGGCCAUGCAUCGACAGCGCUUCAUGGAUGAAAAGGAGGGUGAUAACUUCCUGUUCCUUACAGUUGUGCAACUGAAUCGAGGGUCAGCCCGUAUAGAUCAAACCAGCCCGAACGCAAUGAUGUCAUACAUCUGA